CUUUCCUUAUCGAGGCAUUUACUCCACCUCAACUCCUGCUCAAAAUACAGUGGGUUUCCUAUGAUCGCCCUACUUUCUGACCCCCGCCUGCAGGCCUCUGUAGCCCGGAAUGGCACAGGGUUCAGGGAAGUACUCCUGCUUGGGCACACUCUAGCUCUGCUGGCCAAGACUAGUGAGAAGUCGGAGGUAGAAUAAAGAUGCUUCCAACGGCACCAAGUAUCCAUUAAGGGACAAUCUCCUGGCAGCUUUAUCAAGGCCAUGUUAUUGGCUCUACACACCAAACAGUGUGUUUGUCUUCUAGAAUUUUUUAUUUGAUGUAUUUUUAUUUGAAAUACGUAUUUAUUUAAAAUCACAGCUUACAACGAAAUUGCAAAAGGCAACCAAGUGUGAACAAGGCCAUCUAUAGGGAGCACUGGAAGGGUCAAAGGUUAAGUUACAACAGCUGGAAGCUUCCUGUGCUGACCGAGAGAAGGAACUGGCUAAGGUAAUGGAAGACUACGCAUUGGUGGCCCAGCUCUGCAAAGAUCAGGUCUUCUGCAUUAAGAAGUACCAGGAAACUUCAAAGAACAUUGAAGAAGAGGUAGAGACGCGGCUCCUUGAGAGAGAAGUAUCAAAAGUCUUGAGCAUGAACUCGGCAAGAAAAGAACAUAACAGCCAAAAUACUAAGGACAAGUCUCUCCAAAAGAAAGGAAUAUGGCUCUGUAAAAGGAUUUUUCAGGUUCUCUUUUUCAUCACCCUAUUUUUCAUCACACUGCUGGGCUACUUGUUUUUCCACAUAAGCUUUAUAAAUCCAGAUCUCCUAAUCGACAUACUACCCAAGAUACUGAACAGGAGCACCCUGUGGAGGCUAAGGAGCUUCCUCUCUGCAUCUCUCACACUUCGGACUGAGGACUUGUUGCCCCACUAAUUUCCAAAAAACAUCCUUGGGAAAAGAAGGCAAGUGGUACUUGACUGAGUACACUAGGCGAUGGUGGAACUUGUAGAGGGAAGAUGUUUUCUCCAGUUUUUCCCUUGAGGUUUGCCUACUGAUUACCUUUCCUCCCAUGUUGUCUUUCCAAGAUCAACCUUGCCCAGUAAACAGCUCUGUCAAUAGAUUUCAGCGGCUACAGGAUAAGCUAAAUAGUAUGAAAUAGUCAACAAAGAAGAUCAUUUUCAGAAUAAUGUCAUAGAUGCUAAGCAAAGUUAGAGUCUCCCAAUACUCCUAGUUAAUCUUAAAACUGUAAGAGACUGGAUCUCUGCAAUGCAGAUGGCUCUCUAGUGAUAAUUAGAACUCUGUAGUAGCAAGUGACCUUAACUUAAGCUCACUUACAAAUUACAGCAAAAUUUAAAAAAAGAUAUAGCCUUAUGGAACUAAAAAUCUGAGGUUUCAGGCAUGGCUGAAUCCAGAAGUUUCACCAGCGUCCUCAGGGCUUCAUCUCUCCCCCUUUCUCUGAAUGGGCAUUGCUCCUUUAAGUGGCAGUAUUCUGCCAAUAACCUAAAUCUUAUACUACCAGAUUAGCAACUUCAGUACAAUCAGUCUUUUCCAAUAGCUACAGCCGGAAAGACCAAAGAAUCUGUGUUGGCCGAGGUCAAUUGCCUAUCCCUGCCCCCUAAUCAGCUGAUCAUGUGUCAGCAAAGUCAUCCUUUAAAGAAAGGCUUAAAGGCAUCUUGUACCACAGAUAAAUAUUACAAACAGAAGUAACCAAAUGGAAAAAAAAAUUAAGCAACUUUCUUAAUCUGGUAAAUUGCCUAGAAUGAGUAAAUUCUUUCUUAACCCCAGGCCUCAGAGAAAACAAAAUCCUCUUCUCCUGGCAGUUACUAGAGUAAUAUGCAAAUAUGCAUCGUCUGACAAUACAAGUCAUGGAGUUUUCACCUGGCACCCUAAAUGGAAACACCCCCCACCAUCUCAAAGAACAGCAUUGCAUGCGUGGCUUUAUUCCCACACUGAGUGGCAGUGGCAUUCUAGGGUCCAGUGGAAUCGGGCAGUUUCUGCCCAGUAGGUGUGGCCUUAAUAGGUGUUUCACUAAACCAGACUUCGUUCUUGGCACAAGGGGAGGAUAAGGUAUGGCCAACUCCCAUUUACCAUUGUCCUGCCACAUGACAGAGCUGAGCAAGAAAUCCACUCCUCUGCACUCAUGAAUUUGAGACUUAGAAUCAUGAAAGAAAAAGUAUUUUCACACAUUGUGAUUUCAGAGUCACUUAAGAAAACUUAAAAAAAUUUUUCUUCUCAUACAUAUUUCAUUAUUCAUCACUAUGUUUUCUCUGCUGU